AAUCUGUAUUCAGAGCAAUCUAUCAUCACCUCCUCUCUCACCAGCCGCCAGUGGCCAGCAUUAAAAAUAUAUAUAAAAAAAAAAAAAGCCACAAAAGCUUCUUAGCUUCAAAAAUGGCGACGUCGUCGAGUUGUGUGAUUUCCGGAUUCGUCGCGCCUCAACUAAGAUGCAGAACACAAGAUUCUUCCAAUCGCAAUUCAAGACGGCCGCCACAGCCGAAUCUCCUUCGGUUGAAUUCUCGUACUUCCCUCCCGCCGAUCCGUUUCUCCGUCCAACCUCGUUCACUAUUCUCUCGUACCCACUCCCCCGCUAAGUGGCAAGGUACAAAUGGUGGUGGUGGUGGAUUGGUAUUGCAUAAUAAGAGGAAACCUUGUAAUUCGUUUCUUGGUUCAGAACAAUCCAAUUGCAUCACCAGUUCACUUAAACAGCGCAGCACAAUCAGGACGCCUAUACCCAGAGUCUUUCUUGACAAAUCUUCUUUUUGUUUGUCUAGGCGCACACUCAGAACUGCUUCUGUGAAACAUCUCUGUCCUCCAUGUGCGACUGUGGGUCCAGAUGAGCCACAUGCAGCUAGUACAGCCUGGCCUGAUGGUGUUCUUGAGAAACAAGAUUUGGAUUUGUUAUAUCCUCAAUCACUGCAAACAGACCUAGAAGGGUUUUUACGAACUGAGAUUCCUUCCCACCCAAAGUUGUACCGAGGACAGUUGAAAAAUGGCCUUCGCUACCUUAUUUUACCAAAUAAAGUACCACCAAACAGGUUUGAGGCACACAUGGAAGUUCAUGUGGGAUCAAUUGAUGAGGAAGAUGAUGAACAAGGGAUAGCCCAUAUGAUUGAACAUGUUGCAUUCCUUGGAAGCAAGAAACGGGAAAAACUUCUUGGCACAGGGGCUCGAUCUAAUGCUUACACUGAUUUCCACCACACAGUGUUUCACAUCCAUUCACCCACCGGUACCAAGGACUCUGAUGAUGAUCUUCUUCCAUCUGUGCUGGAUGCUUUAAAUGAGAUUGCUUUCCAUCCAAAAUUCCUUUCUUCUCGAGUUGAAAAAGAGAGGCGCGCUAUACUUUCAGAAUUGCAGAUGAUGAAUACUAUUGAAUAUCGUGUUGAUUGCCAGCUACUACAACAUUUGCAUUCUGAAAACAAGCUUAGCCAAAGAUUCCCGAUUGGAUUAGAAGAGCAGAUCAAGAAAUGGGAUGUGGAUAAAAUUAAAAAAUUCCAUGAGCGUUGGUACUUCCCUGCAAAUGCAACUUUAUACAUUGUGGGGGACAUCAAUAACAUCUCAAAGACAAUUUACGAGAUUGAGGUUGCUUUUGAGCAAACUGGCUCUGAAAACAAAACAAGUUCAGCCCCUACUCCCAGUGCAUUUGGUGCAAUGGCUAGUUUUCUUGUUCCUAAGCUCCCAGCUGGUCUUGCUGGAAGUUUAUCUCAUGAAAGAUCAUCUAAUUCUGCAGAUCAAUCUAAAAUUAUCAAAAGGGAAAGGCAAGCAGUUCGGCCUCCUGUGAAGCAUGACUGGUCUCUCCCUGGAAAUAAUACAGAUGUGAAGCACCCACAGAUAUUUCAGCAUGAGUUACUUCAAAAUUUCUCAAUUAACAUGUUCUGCAAGAUUCCUGUGAACAAAGUUAAGACGUAUGGUGACUUACGAAGUGUUUUGAUGAAGAGAAUAUUUUUAUCUGCCUUGCAUUUUCGAAUUAAUACAAGAUACAAGAGUUCAAAUCCACCAUUUACCUCAGUUGAAUUGGAUCAUAGUGAUUCUGGGAGGGAAGGAUGCACUGUCACAACUCUUACAGUGACUGCAGAACCCAAUAAUUGGCAGAGUGCCAUUAGAGUUGCUGUUCAGGAGGUUCGAAGGCUUAAGGAGUUUGGUGUGACUAAAGGUGAAUUGACUCGCUACAUGGAUGCUCUGCUGAAAGAUAGUGAACAACUGGCAGCUAUGAUCGACAAUGUGUCAUCCGUUGAUAAUUUGGAUUUUAUCAUGGAAAGUGAUGCACUGGGCCAUAUAGUGAUGGAUCAGAUACAAGGACAUGAGAGUUUGAUGGCUGUUGCUGGAACAGUUACUCUUGAAGAAGUCAAUUCCAUUGGUGCUGAGGUAUUGGCAUUUAUCUCUGACUUUGGCAAAGCUUCUGCACCUGUUCCAGCUGCAAUUGUUGCAUGUGUUCCCAAAAAGGUUCACUUGGAUGGUAUUGGUGAAACUGAGUUUAAGAUAACCUCAGAUGAGAUCACAGCUGCUAUAAAGUCAGGAUUGGAAGAACCCAUUGAAGCCGAGCCAGAGCUUGAGGUACCAAAAGAAUUAAUAUCUCCAUCGCAGUUGCAAGAGUUAAGGAUCCAGUGCAGGCCAUCCUUUGUUCCUCUUAGUCCAGAGACAAAUAUCACCAAAAUGCAUGACAAUGAAACAGGGAUUACUCAGCUUCGUCUUUCCAAUGGAAUUCCUGUGAAUUAUAAGAUAUCUAAAAAUGAAUCCCGUGGGGGUGUAAUGAGGCUCAUUGUUGGUGGAGGACGAGCAGCUGAAAGUUCUGAGUCGAAAGGAGCUGUUGUUGUCGGUGUCAGAACUCUGAGUGAGGGUGGCCGGGUUGGCAACUUUUCUAGGGAGCAGGUGGAACUUUUUUGUGUGAAUCACCUGAUAAAUUGCUCUUUGGAGUCCACAGAAGAAUUCAUUGCCAUGGAGUUUCGAUUUACUCUUAGAGAUAAUGGAAUGCGUGCAGCUUUCCAGUUACUUCAUAUGGUGCUUGAGCAUAGUGUCUGGCUCGAUGAUGCAUUUGAUAGAGCAAGGCAGUUAUAUUUAUCAUACUACCGCUCCAUUCCCAAGAGUUUGGAACGCUCUACUGCUCACAAACUCAUGUUAGCAAUGAUGAAUGGGGAUGAGCGCUUUGUUGAACCUACUCCAAAAUCGUUGGAGAAUUUGAGUCUUAAAUCUGUAAAAGAUGCUGUGAUGAAUCAGUUCGUUGGUGAUAAUAUGGAGGUAAGUGUUGUAGGGGAUUUCUCAGAGGAGGAGAUUGAAUCUUGUAUUCUAGAUUACCUGGGGACAGUUACAGCAUCAACAGAUUCCAAGAGAGAACAUGGAUUUAACCCAAUCUUAUUUCGACCAUCUCCAUCAGACCUGAAGUUUCAACAAGUAUUCUUGAAGGACACGGAUGAGAGAGCAUGUGCAUACAUUGCAGGUCCUGCACCAAACCGUUGGGGUUUUUCAGUUGAUGGAAAAGACCUUUUGGGGUCAAUUGCUGAUCUUCCUACUUCUGAAGGUGAGUUGUCACUUGAGCAGAAGGAUUUGCAAAGAAAGCUCCGUGGCCAUCCCCUUUUCUUUGGCAUAACAAUGGGGUUGCUGGCAGAGGUCAUAAAUUCCAGGCUUUUCACAACAGUCCGUGAUUCCCUUGGAUUGACAUAUGAUGUAUCAUUUGAAUUAAACCUGUUUGAUAGGCUUAAGCUGGGAUGGUAUGUGGUAUCUGUAACAUCCACUCCAGGCAAGGUACAUAAAGCUGUUGAUGCUUGCAAGAAUGUCCUUAGAGGCCUACAUGGCAACAAGAUUGCCCAACGGGAACUGGACAGGGCAAAACGUACUCUUUUGAUGAGGCAUGAAGCAGAAAUUAAGUCAAAUGCAUACUGGCUUGGAUUGUUGGGUCAUUUGCAAGCUUCUUCUGUUCCAAGAAAGGAUAUUUCAUGCAUUAAGGAGCUUACUUCUCUCUAUGAGGCUGCCACAAUUGAGGACAUAUACCUUGCAUAUGAACAGUUGAAGGUAGAUGAGGAUUCUAUGUACUCAUGCAUUGGGAUUGCAGGGACCAAUGCUGGGGAGGAGAUUACUACUGCUUCCUUAGAAGAGGAAGAAUUUGAUGAAGGCUUUCAGGGUAUUGCUCCAGCGGGGCGUGGUUUAUCUACAAUGACAAGACCAACAACAUGAACGUCUUGAUUGCAUCACCAAUUCGAUGUACACCAAAAGCAACCAAGCAUUAGAAAGUUUGUAACAUGAAAUGCUCAGUGGCGGAAACAUGCGUGGGCUGAUUCGAUUUUGAAGGGUGAGGAAGAGGAUCAUAACAAAACAAGCAACUCACGGUGGAGUUGCAUCUCAAUGCCAUGCAGCCUUGGAUUCUCUACUUACCACAAGAAUAUUUAGUUUCCGCCCACAUUAUAUUUACUUAAUUUUCGUUAUUUCCUUUGCCCGAUAUACAAUAAGGGGAGAUGAUUGAUUCGAUACGUUAACGUUGUUUUGCUACUAAUUCACUUGUAACCUAGUAGAAUUAUAUACCUUUUUUUUCAUAUAUAUGGAACAUGCAUAAUUUAUUAAUAAAAACAGAAUCAUGCAAUGCAGUAAAAGUCACAAUCAAAA